AUGGAGGACGAUAGUGCCGAGAUAGAGCUGCUGGAGCAGAACCUGAACAAAACACACCAGAUAUCGAAACGGAUGAUAUCCAUCUUAACCGGUCUCGAUACACGUUUGAUGAAGUUGGAAAAGUCGAUAUUACCGUUGUACACUGCAACUCAGAAGUUGAACCAGAGGUCACUCAAUAUCGACCGUGCACUAUCAAAGAUCGACGAAGUCGCGAGUAGCCAGGAGGGUAUCGCCGUAGAGGAGGGCUUGAUACUACGAGGCCCUCAACCUGGGCAGGUGGAGGUGUAUAUGGACACCCUCGGGCGUUUGAAUGCAGCUAUUGCGUUUAAAUCCUCGGAUGCAGACUCUUGGGAUACUGCUCGUUUAGUCGAAACAGGAGCCAAGAAACUUACCCAAUUGUACACGAAACUCGUCGCAGAAGGAUCAUCCGGUUCUCCGCCUAUCGCGGGACUUGAUUUCACCCCAGUCAUGUUUCCUCCCUCGCUACUGGCGUCCUUGAAACCCCUUGUCGCAUUUCUGCGCACUUUGCCUGUGCCGUCCACGCAUCCCUCACAUCCGGCAUCUCAGACUAUUCUGGCAACUUUGAAGGAGGCACAGCGGGGAUACGCUGAUAUGCGCGGGACUUGGAAUCGUAAAGCUCUAGAAACCAAUGCGAAGCGCGUCGUAGAUCGCGCCGAGACCCUCGAUGGUGUCGUGGCUGGCAAGGAAUUUGGUGCAUGGGUUGCCAAUCUACUUCGGACAGCAGAGAAUAUACUCUUGCUAGUUGACCUUGCUCCGCUUUCCAGCCCUUCCCUCCUCGCAUCAACUUAUGACACUCUACUUACCCCACUGCUUCAGCUUUUUACUGACACAAAUUCGUCCUUCACUUCUCUUGUCAAGCGGUCAUUGCACAAAUACACGUUCCAUGCACUCUCUACCUAUUCUGCUCUUGCAUCUUCCCAGGUUCAGUGGGAAGCCCUCCUGGCACGAAGAGGUGAAGGAAGGAAGGACGCCAAUGAACUAAGGGAUGGAACAAAUGCAAUAAGAGGUGUUUGUUUAAGAAGCUUUCCCGAGUUUUUGGCAGAUUUGAAGUUGGCCGCCACCGGAUCAGGAAAGGGCGGGGAAUUGGGUGUAGGAUUGGCAGAUUUUGUUGUUUCGGCAGUACAGUAUUUGGACAAGCUGCCCGAAGUGGAGAGAGCUGUGGGUUCUGCUCUCCACGCGUUGGGCGACGGGAACUGGAAGAUGGGUGAUGGCAAGCAGGUCGGAAAAGGACAAAGAGCAACAGUUGGCGAAGUGAGCGAGACAGUUCUCAUCCAACACUACGUCUAUGACGUCAUUACCACUACCAUCAGCAGUGUCACUGCCGUUUCGCGGACACAACGGCGAGGUGCCUUCGGUUCGGUCUUCUUGUUGAAUAAUAUAACCUACUUCCACACGCGCGUACUUCUUAAGCCUGCGCACUCUGGACUCGCGGAGUAUCUUUCAAAACCUACAACAGACGCACUGGCUUCUGCCUUCCGGACCGCCAAGGCUGGGUACUUCGAGGCCAAUUACUCACCGCUGAUGCAAGCACUAAGCGAGGACAGAGAGAAAGAAAAGGUGGGAAGCAGUGCAUGGAAGGCUGCAACAAAGGAAAAGUUUACGAGGUUCUACGACCUCUUGGAAGAAGUGGGGGAAAGACAUCGGAUGGCGAAAGUUUUGGAAGAGGAUGAAGAAGCGAGAAAGGCUGUUGGAGAAGAGGCGGUGAAGUUGGUAGUGCCAAGCUUGCAGCGGUUCACGCAAAAGCAGCGAGAAAAGGAGUUCAGCAAAAACAUUAAGCUUUCGGCGGAAGAAGUGGAGAAGCAGAUUCGCAGUUUCUACAAGUGA